UUUUUAGGGAAUUGCAUUGAUUGCUUCCUUGUCAGCAGUUUCAGCAAAAAUGAUUCAGUGAAGAAGCCAUGGAGUUGCUGAUCAGGCAGAAGCUGUCUGAUGCUGAGAAUCACCAAGACAUAGAAGCUUUACAAGAAUCUUAUGAGUUGAUUAAAUCUGCUGAUGAAGGAAAAUCCGUCCUUGAUUCCUCAGAGAGUUUCUGCUCUGACUUGUAUGUUUUGUGUGCAGAACAAGCACUUCAGAUGGGAUUUCUGGAAAUGAGCAGUCAAUGUCUACAAAUGUUUUUUAAAGGAAGACCCCCGGUUAACCAGUUUUUGGGUAGAGCAUACUUGUGUCAGAGCCAGUUAUAUACCCCGGUGACUACUGAUAACUUGGAACAAUUUGAAAAAUUUGUUAUGAACCUGGUGAAAGCGAUAGACUUUGCAUUAGGUGAAACAAGAUACUAUUUUUUGAUAUAUAAUGCCUCAGUUAUUUACUGGAGGAUUAUAAGGCCAUUUUUCAAACCUGGUUUCCGGCAUUUUCUGAUUCCGAGCCUGUCUCGAAUUGUGUUGGCACUGCAUCAUGCCGAUGAUCAAGACAAGGACUGGACAGCAGAACUCAUGAUAGAGUUGCUUGAAUGUUUCCUGGAUGCUUCCAGAUUAGAAGAUGCCAUAAGUUUUUUGCCUACCGCAGAAGAAUUUAUUAAACAAAAUGUUCCAGAGAAAUAUAAAACAAUACUUUCACUAAUGGUGCGUCACAGACUGGGAGACCCUGUAGCCAUAGAAGAUGAUAUUAAAGGUUCGAUCAAUCUGACAAUCAUUUAUAAAAUUCUGACAAUGAAAGCAGAGCUGGAUGCAAAUAAGAUUCCAGAAGCAGCUGAUGCAGAGUUGAAUCAUAUAUAUGGAUUUUUGAAAGAUAAUAGAAGGAAAUUGAGUGCUAAUGAAAAAUUUUCUUUGCUGUUGGAAUUGGCUCGUCUCUGUCUGAAAUUAGGCAGCAUAACUGUUGCAUUUGCAUGUCUAUCUGACUUAAUGAAGUUUAAGAUUAAAGACCAAGGAAAACAAAUUGAAGUAGAAUGCCUGGAAUGUGACUAUGAAGUUCAGAAACUUGGGGAUAAAAUUGCAACUUAUUCCAAAAGUGUUGUUGAGGAUCAACUAAAAGUAAUACAGAAACUUGAUAUGAUUUUGAAUCGAGCAAUUCGUCUGAAAGACUCAAAUGUUAUUCAGGCAGUCUGCACUACCCAAUGGAAUCUCUGUUUACCGCUGCUGCAGCACAACUUGCAACAACAUGUACGAAAAUCGUUGCUUGCUAUUGCUGAAAUUCUGGAAAAGAUUGACAGCAUGAUGGUUCAAUUACGUUGUCAAGUUCAUAUGGAAAUUGCCCGUGUUGAAGAAAAGGAAGACAGAAUUGAGGCUGCCAUGGAACAUUUGCAAAAAGCCAUCUACCUUGAUAACAGCGGACAGUACAGUGAAUACCUUAAAAUGGCAUUCCAUCGGCUUAAUUUAAGCACCAUUUUGUACAAGUCACCAGAACGCAUGGAAGACCAAGCAAGUUUGAUGAUUGAACAGGCGAAAAAAGGAACACCGAAAGAUAGCGUGAGGAAAAAACGAUCUUUGUUGGUGAAUGCCGGCCUUGCGCUGGCUCCUGAAGCGUUUCAGAUUGUCCUAGAUGGUGAAAACGAAGCUAAAGUUGCCUCAAGUAAAAGUAAAGGCCAAAAUAGUUACCUCUGUGCAAAAGCUGAGCAUCAUACCAGAAGCGUGCAGAAAGCUGAAGGGCACUUGAAGCGACUGGGACAUGAGAAUGACAAAGAAAGACUCAGACUCUGGUCAGAAAUAGCAAAAACAGCACGGAAACAAAGUGUAUGGGAUGUGUGUCGAGCUGCAUGUAGAUUCUGUCUCUUGUAUGAUGACAGCCAAAUGAAAAAGGAGUCAAAACCCAAAAAAGCAAUCAAGAAGAAAAGCAUGUCAGAAGCUGAGCCAGAAGAAAGUGUACCAGUAGAAUCGCCCUUGCCCAGUAAAGCAUUCUCUUUGGAAAGAGACUUCCUCAGAACUAUAGCGGAAAUAAGAUUCAUCAAUGCAGAGGCUACUAUUCAUUUGCUAAGAACGGAAGGCAUCCAACUCAACGAUCGUGCUGUCCCUCCUGCAGAGGCAAGUCACCACUCUCUAGGACAUUCCACGCAACUUGAACGUGACGCAGAAUGGAAUACUUACAGCACGUGGAUCAAUGGCUUGUCUCAGUAUGCUAUGGAAAACUUUUUGCGAGCUGCCAAAAUUGGAGAAGAAUUAAAUGAAGUGUGGAUUGUACACAAUGCUGUGGUAUAUGUCUUAAAUCACAAUAAGCACCUCAUUGCUUUAAGAAGACAGAGAGAUAUUGUGGAUUCCCUACAGAUUCUUUUUAGCAUAAUUAAGAAUACUGAACAUUGUGGGAGCACAACACUUUUGAUGACUUUAUGUAAUGCUCUGGCUCGGGGCCUAAUUCUGCCUUGGAUUCCAAAACCAGUUUUGAAAACUGAUGAAAAGAGAUCUCCGGAUGAAGGACCUACAAAACGUAAAAAGUUUCCAAAAGUACAUGAAAAAGCAGUUCUCAUAUCCAGUUUGUCUGUGGAUUCAUCAGGGCUCCCUGACAUUAGAGCAGCCUUAGAGGUGUGUGAAUUUGCUAUGAAUUUGCCAAGUGGAAGUGAUGAGCAAGUACCUAUUGCUGUACGUCAACAGAUUAUUGCUACCUGGGUGAAAGCGAAACAGUUAGUUCAGCAUCAGAUUGGAAGUCGGCAUGGAGCAGAAGAUGAGACUAAUGAUGAAGGACCAUGUUCCAUGACAAAAGUUUUUAUUGGUUUGGAAAUGUACUCAUGCAUUGGUUGGGGUCCCAUGGAGUUUACACUUCCCAAUUUGCCUCAGUUGUUCAGAAUGGCUUUAGAAUGCAAUUGGCCAGAUCAGCUGGUGGAGCUUCAGACGCUGACCAGGCUUACACAUUUUGCACACAUGAUCCAUGACCAUGAAUUAGUGAUGACAUCUUCUCAGAAGACUUUGGAAUUAGAUGAUAAAACACUGUAUAGCACAGAUGCUAAUAAACAAAGAACGAAUGAUUACACGGUGAGACAAGAAAUGCUAAGUAUUACUGCUUGUACGCAAGGCAAGAGUUUAAUGGAAAACUUGGCAGGAAAAGAACAAUUACGUUUAGUAGCAUCGAAAUCCUUUGUUAAAAGUGCAAGUUAUGCUGGAGCAGCAGGAAAUCUUUCUCUUGCAAUGUUAGCAGCUAGACACUUCUGGAACUCAUGUUUACCUUUCAUUGCUUCUCCGUUAGACAGACAACAGCUUAAAAAUCCCACUGAAAUCAUUCUCAAAAACAUCAUUAAAGCAGCAGAAGCCAAAAAUAAACAGGGCACAGAACAUUUGCUAAAUCUGCAUCAAUGGCCUACAGCUGAAUUUCAAAGCAGUAGUUCAUCAGACAGUCAUUUUUAUCCAGGUGCAGAUGAGGAUCUGACACUAAGAACAUUUUUGUAUGUAUUAUUAUUCCAAAUGUAUGCUGAUCAGAAUGACUGGGAAGCAGGCCUUAAAGUGUUAGAUGAAGCUGUUCAGAUUCUUCCUCGAACUAAACACAGACUUCCAAUUUUCAAACACAUGUUAUUGGUGAAGGCCAGACUUGGACGUAAUUAUAUAAUGGAAAUUCAGAAAUUCAAAGAUGAAAGUGAGGAUUAUUUGUCCUAUAUGUGGCAUCGUUUGGCACUAGUAUCAUCAGACCUUGUGGGGAAAUUGUCCUGUUUCCAAAAUGCAAUGGAGGUUUUACAGAAAAAAGAAUUUGAACUGAAGAAAGUUGAUAAUAUGCUAGAAUUUGCAGAAUGGCUGUACUGCAACCAGUUUCCUCUGAGUGAAGCCAUUAAGCAUGUAGAUUGGGCAAUAAAUAUUUUGCUCCAUCUGAAACCCAUCACAAGGAACGUUGAGGGUGAAGAUACAAGCAACGAAAUUACCGUUGACGAUUUAAGACAUAUAAAACAGUUAGAAGGUUUGGUUAGAGCUCAUACAAUAAUGGCUGUCAUUUCUGGCCAUGGUUCACCUUCUCAUGAGCAGCACUGUUUGAUGGCAUACACUUUCGUGAUUCGCAUAUGGCAGGUUAUAUUGUCUUCAGCAGGAUCUGUUUUGAAAACAUUGGCCAAAGCCUCUCCACCACAAAUAGCCACUCCCAAAACACAAGGAAAAAAGGAUACAAAACGAAUGUCAUCAGCAAGCCCUACUAGAAAAGACAAAUCUUCUAAGGAUGUCAAGCAGGCUCAGUCAGUCUUAAAAGAGAAGCCUAAACGGAAAGGACCAAUAGAAGCCUUACCGGCAAGUGUAGAAGAAUGGGCUAACUAUGACUGCCCAGAGGAAAUUAGAGAGUCUUUUAAACAGGACCCAAGUAGCUUUGCUCUGAGUUGCUUAAACAUUGUAGCUCCUACACGCACCUUGUAUUACCUAGACCUAUUAGUUAAGGAGCUAAAGACAAUUUUGUGCAUUCACUUCACUCUUCCAGUUCUCCAGCUGGCUGAGGUGAUCGCUCGUGAUGUUAUAGAAAGCAAAAGUCUAUCAGAUCUGUACCAUCUUCGGAUUUCUGUUGUAUGUUUAGAUUUAAAAUUGUAUCAAGCAUCAACUUACCAUGAGAAGACAGUGGGUGACAUAUUCAUUAAUGAAGUAGAACAAGGAAGGUUUAGACAAGAGAUUGCACUGAAAAAAGAUAAUGAAAUACUGACCAAACAGGCAGUAAAUAAUAUUUUUGAUUGUACAAAGUCAGGUGAGACAGGUCAACAUGAAAAAAUAACUUCUGCAAAAGAGCAGCUCUUGGAACUGAACCCUGGGACUGGCAAAAGCAUCAGUGGCCUUUCUUUUCCAUAUCUGUGGAUGGACAAAGCUGAAACCCUAAUGCAACUGCACUUAUGCCAGCCAGCAAGACUUCUGCUUUCAGAAGCACACCAUGCGAUCCAGGAAAUGAAUAAUCCAUCUGCUGUUUCACGGUGCCUUUAUCUUCUAGCUGUACUAGCUAACUUGGAGAAGAACCAUGAGCAGUCGAUAACUCUUCUUAAGAAGGCACAGUCGAUAGGAGGAAAUGUGCAUUUUUGGUACAAUAGCACCUUAUGUCUUACAGAUGCAAUUUUAGGGGAAGAUAAGGAAAGAAAAAAGAAAAUGACACAAUCUUGCCGACUUCUGCAAAAAACCAUAAAUGUCAUGAGACCGUUAUUGGUGAGGAUGCCUAACGAAGCAUCUAAUCUAGGCAUAGCAACUGCACAUCUUGAAGCCAGGAUAGCAUACAUUCAGAUAGAUUUUGUCAAGGGCUUCAUCAAUGCCAGUCAUCAGUUUAAGGAGUUUGAAGGAAUGCUACUGGAACUUGAUGAUAAUUUGAUGUGCAUUGAGAAGGACUUCCUUUGUUACCGAUAUAAAGAUUGUAGUAUGGAGACCUUGAUGGCACGUGCAGAUAUUCACAGGAUGCUUGGUAAACAUGCAACAUGCAUUAUCGAUAAGGAAAGUCAUUACCUAAAUGCAUACAGAUUAGCUGAAGAAGCUGUAUCCCAAGCAGAAGAACUUUUUCGGUACAUUAAUAACUUGCUUCCAGGUAAUGAGACUAGAAAUAUUAAUACUCCGUUGAUGAGAAGACUUUCUAACAUGAAGCUGAGCCUUGGGGAGAUCUUGUUGGACAUUCUAGUUCUUAUGAACUCUGAGAAAAAAAAGAAAGAAGCAGGAGCGGAACAAAUUGAGCGAAUCAUUGAGGACUUUGUACGAUUUACACCAGAUGUUGGCACUGUGGAGCGGACAUGGCUAGCCUUAGGCCAUACUAUUGGCCAUAAUAUCCAGGCUCAACUAACAAGUCUACAGAGUCUGUGUAUGGGCUGUCCUGAUAUCAAGGCCAAAUACCUCCAUCUCACAGGGAGAUUUCUGCGUUUACUCGCUGACCGAACUCACCCCUUCUGUUCAGAUAUUCUUUGGUGUGAAAGUGCAAUGGAAGAAGCUAAAUCUAACUCAGUGAAAUCUGUCACACCAGUAACAGAAGCAAAAAUACCUGAUGAUAAAAUGGCAGCUAGCAGUUGUUCACUUACUAAAAAACAGUGUGAUGAGUACAAAAGAAAACUCAUCGAACUAAUGAAGAGACAAACUGAGACCCAGAAAUACCUUUGCCAGUCAACUGAAGUUUUGCUACAGUGCAUUAAUGUUGCAAUUAAUAACAACUUGGUUAGCGUGCUGGCUGCUGCGAGUCUGGAAAUGGUGGAGUGCUUAGGAAAAUGUGACCCACUUUCAGCCAGCCAGUUUUUGGCCCUUUAUCAGAGCUGUUCGGCAUCAGUGAUGAUGAAAGAUAUCCUGUUGUCAGCUUCCUGGAAUACUAGCAGUUCACAACUGUCAGCAAUGUUGCAUCUACAGCACCAUCUAGAACAAAGAGGAGAUACAGCAAGUAGUCUCCAAAAAAUUGUGGAGCAGAGAUUAGCCUCUAUCUCAAAGGCAUGGGGAAAUCUCAGCAUUUCUGCACAGCACUUUAAUAUCAUGAAUGAACUGCCAUCAAAUUUUUCUGUAAUCAUUCUCCAGCAUUCAGAAGACAGAUCUCUCUUGUAUGGUGCGGUUCUUGAGAAAGUAAAGUUGACUAAUCCAAAGGAGCAGAGAGAACAGAAGGAAAAGGGUGGGCAACAUAAAGGAAAACCUGCUCAGCCCACAUUGCAGGCUAAAAUUGCACGGUGCCCUGUGAAUUCUGAAGCAUUCUUCAAUUUAUUGGAGAAGGUAACAUUUUUCAAACAAAAGAAGUUGAAGAGCAUUCUGAAGAAACUAUCAUCAGUAAAGUUCCAGGCAGAUGAAAAUACACAGGAAUCGCUCAUCACAUUAGAUAUGAGUGGAGAAGACAGUGAAUAUUGUACAUCAGCAUUCGAGGCUAUAUUGAAAAUUAUGAAAGAAUAUUUGAGUCCUGUAUUAUCACAGUUGGAUUUAUCUGAGAUGAGGCCACCAAGUCCAGCAGUUUCUCCAGCUGAAUCAGUAAAAUCCAAAAAUGCUGAUUCAGCCAGACCCAAAUCUCCUGAUUCACGAAAGUCCAAAGCAGGAAAAGGCGACAAGAGUGUCUCAGGAAAAGGCGACAAGGGUGUCUCAGGAAAAAAUAAAAUAAAUGAGCCAGGGAAACAAAAAAAUAAAAAUAAGGAGAAAAGCAUUUCAGCUCAAGCUGGUACUGCAGACAUGGGAGAAUACAUGAUACUGCUAGCAGACAAAUAUCUUAUGGAGCUGCCUUUGGAAACACUGAAUAUUUUUCAAGAAGAAGCAAUAAGCUCUGUGUCCAGAGACUUUUCUCUCCAGCUUUUUUAUAAUCGCAUGCGCAAAGAAGACUCAGAAACUGAAGUGAAGAAGGAGGCCAAGGGUACAAAAGAGUCCAAACAAAAAGGUGAUCAUAAGAAGGGGAGGAUGGUUUCAAUUAACCGUGUUCUGCCACCCAACUGCAUUCCAGUGGAUAUACAUAAUGUUAAAUAUGUUAUUGAUCCAUAUAACGAUGCAGAACCAGUUCCAGAAAGUCCUAUACAAGUAUUUAAGUUAAUCCAAGACACAUAUGAACAAUUUACAAUUCGCUGGGAUGGAGUUAUGGGUUCUACACACAUUCCAAGUCAAGCUGAAUGGGAACACUUAUUGGGUAACUGCAGUGCAUUUCUGUUCUCUGGAAUGUCAAGAUUCUUCGCUCAUAUUUUUCUGGACAGACUGACUGCUAUGAACAUCCCAGAAUGUCAAAUCAUGAUACUCUUAGAUCUUGUACACACAAAAGAAAGCACUGCACGGGUAUCAAAUCUUGAUGAAGAUAGAAGUUCUUCACGCUUGUCUCUGGAGAUGCCAACUGAGACAGCAAUCAUUCUGAGCCUUAUUGGAGUGCAUUCCAUCAUAGCCAAUCAGUGGGCUACUACCAUGGGAGAGAAUGCAGCAAGAUUAGAAAGUCUGUCUGAGAAUUUGUUAAAAGAGGGCAAAACAACAGGGCAAACUGUUCAUAUUCUUCAGAGGAGUAGGAGUGCCCUUGAAGAGUUACUGAAAGUGGAGUCACCUGAAGAUAAGAAAGGACACCUGGAAGCAAAAAGCUCUGAUAGACUACACUAUCUGGUGAUGCAACCAACAAAAUUUAAUACUGUUUUAUAUGGGCUGCCUAACAUGAUGUUUAUGUAAUCAAGUGAAAUUCUGUGAUAGAUAAUAGGGACUAGUUAGAACAGAAAGUAGAAAUAGUCCUGUUGGAGGCUGUUAAAAAUAAGAGCUCACAAAAUAUUGAUCUUUAGCUCAUUUGAGUUUAAACACUGGCAUUCAACCAGUCCGUUCAGAAGGUAUUUUUGUUGUUGUCGUUGUUCUGUUGUUGCAUUUUGCUGUUAUUUGCUAUUUCCAUUACUCUAGAUUUUGUCUCUGAAGAUUUGGUUGUGAGGAGGGGAUUAUUAAAGACAAAAUUAAAUCAGAUGCUUUGA